AUGGAGACCUCCCUACGGCUGCACGGCGACGACAACACCUCCAGGCAGCAGCUGGGCAUCCGCAUCCACGCCAAGCAAAAGUUGCCCCUCGCAUACAACACGCUCCUCCAGGCUCACGCGGAGAUCGACACCGCCACCCGGAAGCCCAGCCUCCUCGCCCUCCUCGCAAGGCACUUCUUCCCACAGUUGUCGGCCAACGUCGGGGCGGGGGUCCAGCUGGAGAGGGGCAACAUCUUCAGGUACACCCUCCGGGCCAAGAAGGCCGUCUCCUUCACCGACGACGGCCUCCUCGGCCUCAGGGAGGAAAAGGACGUGGCUGGCUGGGGAUCAAGCAUGGCCUGCACCUGCGCGCCCAACCACAACCGUCCAAGCCAUGCUCUGCCUCUGAUUCCAACGGUUAAAUAA